AUGUUUGCCUGCGUAGACAACUCAGCCCCAAUGUACUGUGCUAAGUUAUGGCAGUCAGCCUUGCAAAAGGUUCGCACCCGUGCGGCAAAGCUGGACCCAUGGAGCGAUUUCGAUUUGAAGUCGACACCAACGAUUGCCGCCGUCCGUCAUCGAUAUAGUGCACUUAAAAAGAAAUGGAUUAAAGACAACAUACUAGUUAAACUUGAAGAAAAAGCCUUCAAUCGAGGCGCCAUGAGAGAAUGCUUCAGAUUGAAAAAACUACCUGACAAUGGUGACUGGAGCGCAGCGUCAAAUUACGUUGCUAAACGAUAUAUUACUCCUGUUAGCAGCUCAGUCUACUUAGACGAUGUGCGCUUACAAAUGGAGGCAAAAUUGUGGGCCGAAGCCUUCAACAAACAGAAUCCACCCAAAAAGGUGGACGUGUUUCAGAUGUCCGUGAUAGAAAUCCUUCUGGAGAAUCCGGAUAGUCCUUUACCGAUUUGUGACUCCAAGCGACGUGGAUCCAUCACGACGAUGAGUCUGCCCUCAGUACAGCGGAAAACUCAAUCCUCUCAGUUCUACCACAUCGAACGUUACAUGGAUGGAGAGUAUCGCAAGUACAACUCCAACUCAGGGUUUGUUGACGGUCAGCCUAGGAACACACCACAAGCCUUUAGCCACUUCACUUUCGAACAUUCUGGUCAUCGUCUGCUGGUCGUGGAUAUUCAAGGUGUAGGCGAUCUCUAUACCGACCCCCAGAUCCACACCGCCGACGGUCUUGGCUACAAUGAUGGAAAUUUGGGUCUUCGAGGCAUGGCACUGUUCUUCCAUUCCCAUCGAUGUAACCCCCUUUGUAAUUACCUCGGUCUAGCUCCGUUCGACCUCUCUGAGAACGAGGUUAAAGAACUCUAUGACGGUGAUGUGGGCCUCGGUUUGGAUGCUGAAGGUGAACCUAACCAAUUUGAGGUGGAUAUUGAUGAUUUCGAGGAUUUUGGGGCACCCGAGUGCACUUCACCUUCUGCGAACAGACUGUUUCCCCAUCCGAAUGAUACUUAUCUGGCGUCACCCCCUACUGAUAGUGACGCAUCUUUACAUCUGCAAGUUCGAAAGCGGUCUCUCUCUUACGGCAUGAUUCCACUCGGUUUUUCGCCCUCUCCUUCCCUUUCCACCUGCUACCGAUCGAGUGCUAGGCAUUUUUAUGGUCCUACCGUGGCUAAAGAUGAGGAGUUUUGCAUCCGUCGUCGCUUUCGCACCUUCAGUGGUUCUACCGCCACCGAGCUGACUCACCACGCACCUCCAGCGGUCGAUACGAAGGCUCAAGUUCCCAGGGGUCACUUCCCAAACAGCACAGAAUGCGUUGACACUGACUCACCCCUUCUUCCUGAUUCCGCAUUUGAUGUCGAUUCGGGUUUUAGCUGGGAAGAUGAAGGGGGUAUGGCGCCAUUCCGUCCUCGGGGGCGGAGAACGCGAAAUAUUAGCGAGUCUUCUGAUGUAGACAACGACUUGGCGGCCGCAACCGUCGGAAGUCUUCUGCACCAGACCAUUCGUGAAACGCACAAGCCCACUUCCGCAACUCAUCCCUCUAAUCUGGAUCAAGAGAUCGGUCAGUCGAUUUUGGGGCAGUUACAUCACGAACUUGCCCGUCUACAUGAAGCUAGCAGGUUCGUCAAACGACACAUUGGAGGCUGGUCACAGAACGGACUUGGUGCUCUACCGCUGGGCGAUAACUUAGAACCAAACGAAGUAGAUCCGGUAACGUCGAUCGAUUGGGAGUCAGUCCUGUUUCACGAGUGUCUCGCCGCUCAAUUGGGAUGCCUCGAGGCUCUUAUCGUCAUGGCUCAUUACUACCUCGGCCUUCCUACACAACUUCUUUCCGACUGUCCCAUUAAGCCCUGUGAGGAGGAUCUCAGUCUGGGCGUCGAUUACUUGUGGCGGUCGUCGAUGGGCGGUGACCGCCGUUGCAUGAUUCUCCUUGCUCGUUAUAUGGACGCCUCAGUGGUGUUCGGUGGGACCAGCUCAGGGGCACCACCUUUGGUGGAUCGGGCGGCGAUUCGGGAAGCGCUGAACCUGCGCACCACACCAGUGGACGACUUUCUCGUUCUUCUCUCUUCGCACCGCGGCUUUCCUGUCCCCACAGGUUCCGCGGGUCGGCCAUGGGCAGAAGCAAUGUCGUGGUACCGUAAAGCCAUUGAGAACGCUGGUUUCGCCGUCCCUGGUAGUGCCUGCGAUGCCGACGAAGGCUGCGACGCCGAAGGUAACUAUGACUCUGCGGAGGAUCUCUCGCCUGUCCAUCGUCUGCUGGCCCGCCUCGCCGAGAUGUACGAAGUCGGCGGACACGGUCUCCAGGCUGAUCCCACCAUGGCAGGCGACCUCUACACGGAGGCGGCAGAGUCGGCUACUCAGCAGAUGGAUGGCCGUCUGGCGGCCAAAUACUUUGAGCUAGCCGACGAGGCCUACGCCAAGGAGGGAGAGGGAGUCUGCCUCUUUUCUCUAGAGACAUACUUUGCUCGCCUUCAUCGUGGAUACCACGAUGAGGUGGUGAAAUGCGAGGCAGAAAGCGUCGAUUAG